AUGUCAAUGUCCCUCCAAAACAUCUGGCAUCUGCGCCGAGUAGCAGAUACAGCCGCCAAAGCAUGUUACAUUUGCUACAAGCCAUCGAGUAGUGUAUUAAUCACGCCUGAUAAUCGGGACUUCUUCUACGUCUGCCCCUCUCACCUCCAAGACCGCCACUUCUGUUCUCCUAUUGUCGAUACAGAAGCGGCAGCCGCCAAAGCCAAAGAAGAGGCUAUGGCGAGGGAAAUUGAGAGGGUGAAGAAGGAGUAUGAGGAGAAGCAGCAGCGGAAGAAGAAAAAGGAUGCUGAGAAAGAGAAGGACGACAAGAAGGAAGAUGAUAAAGAUAAAGAUGAUAAGUCUGCUACGAAGAAGGGGGAUGAGGAGGAUAAGAAAAUGCAAAAGGAACGGGAUGACAAGAUUGAGAGUAUCAAGAAAUCAUCGACCACUUCGUCGGAUGACUCGCCGAGGGUAUUUGCGUUGCAUAAGAACUUCUACCAGAUGCGUAUCGACAGGAUGCGCAAUGCUGAGAUGGCUAGAAGGAAUCGUCAGCGUUUGCAGGAUCCUUCUCUGUUCCCGUCUGUCCCGACUGGGGGGCUGUAA